UGGCAAGUUAGAAAUUUUCUGACUCCUCUAGGAGGAGGCUCCGGGACCCCGGGGAGUAACAAGUGUCUGGAGGCUGAAGGGUGGAGGGGUUUCAGCACUUGGGGUUCUCUUGUGAAACUCCCCUCCACCCUCCUCUCUCUCACCCACCCACCCCCUUAUCCCCUUCUCUUUCCGUCCUUGGAAAAUGGUGUCCAAGCUCACGUCGCUCCAGCAAGAACUCCUGAGCGCCCUGCUGAGCUCUGGGGUCACCAAGGAGGUGCUGGUCCAGGCCUUGGAAGACUUACUGCCAUCCCCGAACUUCGGGGUGAAACUGGAGACUCUGCCCCUGUCCCCCGGGAGCGGGACCGAUCCGGACACCAAGCCGGUCUUCCAUACUCUCACCAACGGCCACGCUAAGGGCCGCUUGUCCGGGGACGAGGGCUCCGAGGACGGCGACGACUAUGACACCCCUCCCAUCCUCAAGGAGCUGCAGGCGCUCAACACCGAGGAGGCAGCUGAGCAGCGGGCGGAGGUGGACCGGAUGCUCAGUGAGGAUCCGUGGAGGGCUGCCAAAAUGAUCAAGGGCUACAUGCAGCAACACAACAUCCCCCAGAGGGAAGUGGUCGAUGUCACAGGCCUGAAUCAGUCACACCUUUCCCAGCAUCUCAACAAGGGCACCCCUAUGAAGACCCAGAAACGUGCUGCCCUGUACACCUGGUACGUCAGAAAGCAACGAGAGAUCCUCCGACAGUUCAACCAGACAGUCCAGAGUUCUGGAAAUAUGACAGACAAAAGCAGUCAGGAUCAGCUGCUGUUUCUCUUUCCAGAGUUCAGUCAACAGAGCCAGGGGCCUGGGCAGUCCGAUGAUGCCUGCUCUGAGCCCACCAACAAGAAGAUGCGCCGCAACCGGUUCAAAUGGGGGCCCGCAUCCCAGCAAAUCUUGUACCAGGCCUACGACCGGCAAAAGAACCCCAGCAAGGAAGAGAGGGAGGCCUUAGUGGAAGAGUGCAACAGGGCAGAAUGUUUGCAACGAGGAGUUUCCCCCUCCAAAGCCCACGGGCUGGGAUCCAACUUGGUCACUGAGGUCCGUGUCUACAAUUGGUUUGCAAACCGGAGAAAGGAGGAGGCGUUCCGGCAGAAGCUGGCCAUGGACGCCUAUAGCUCCAAUCAGACACACACCCUGAACCCCCUGCUUGCCCAUGGCUCCCCCCACCACCAGCCCAGUGCCUCGCCUCCAAAUAAGCUGUCAGGAGUACGCUACAGCCAGCAAGGAAACAAUGAGGUCACUUCCUCCUCAACAAUCAGUCACCAUGGUAACAGCGCCAUGGUAACCAGCCAGUCAGUUUUACAGCAAGUCUCCCCAGCCAGCCUGGACCCAGGCCACAAUCUCCUCUCACCUGAUGGUAAAAUGCAGAUAGCAGUCUCAGGAGGAGGCCUGCCCCCGGUCAGCACCUUGACGAAUAUCCACAGCCUCUCCCACCAUAAUCCCCAGCAAUCUCAGAACCUCAUCAUGACCCCACUGUCUGGAGUCAUGGCCAUUGCACAAAGCCUCAACACUUCCCAAGCACAGAGCGUCCCAGUCAUCAACAGCGUGGCCGGCAGCCUGGCGGCCUUGCAGCCCGUCCAGUUCUCCCAGCAGCUGCACAGCCCUCAUCAGCAGACCCUCAUGCAGCAGAGCCCAGGCAGCCACAUGGCCCAGCAGCCCUUCAUGGCUGCUGUGACUCAGCUGCAGAACGCACACAUGUACACACACAAGCAGGAACCCCCCCAGUAUUCCCAUACCUCCCGGUUUCCAUCUGCGAUGGUGGUCACAGAUACCAGCAGCAUCAGUACACUCACCAACAUGUCUUCCAGUAAACAGUGCCCAUUGCAAGCCUGGUGAUGUCCACAUACCACUUACCGUGUGCACAGCAACAAGGACUCUCUUUUCCACACCAUCACCCUCUGGGCAGCUGUCACGGAAAAGCCCAGUGACCUGACAAGCACCUGUGAGAGGUCCCCACUUACCUGAUGUCCUGGUGGCACCUCAGACAAUCCGCUCUUGGGAGAUGCAGCCUUGAAGCCCAGCUUCCCUUCUACACAGUAUUGUCAGGAUGCCUCUCCUAAGAUGUCAAGUGCUCCUGUUUGUCCUGGAGGCAGGCAACAUGAAACUGCACAAGAGGAAGAGAACAUGCUGUAGAGUCUACAUUGUGAUCUUUCAUCGAACAAACUCAUGCAAAAACUUGAAUCUGUUACUGAAACAAAGAGAGGAGAACAUGUGCUACUGAACUGAGCCAAACACACUGUAAAUAUCAACAGACUCCCUCUCCCCAACCCCAGCCCAAAUGAUCUCGAGAUUUCUUUUAAAGAAGUAAAUUUGUCCAAUGGGUGUAAACUAUAAACUGCUGUAAUUAAGUGCAAUUUCCCCUCCACAUCAUCUCCCCUUGCCCUGUAUAUAAUACUAAAGUGUCUAUUAGUUUUCUUUGUAAAGGUCAGAGUUGAAAUUUCAAGUGAUCCGCCCCCACCUUUUUCCCCCCAUGGCAAAACACCCCAAGUGGGAAAAGAAGCCCCUCACUCCUCCCUUGGGCCUGGACACAUAAGAACAGCAUACUUUGGGCUGACUGCCAGCUAGCCCCAACCUCCUGAUGUUGAGACACACCUCUGGAUGCCUAGAGGGGCAGAACAGAGCUUCAGAGUGACAUUCUAGUUUCCUGUGGAAAUAGUAAUCCAGCCAGUGUGCCCUGGUGACAUUGGCUGAUAGCCAAAGACACAGUGCCAUCUCAGGAAGCUUCCCAUUAAAAGCGUUUAUUUUAUCACUGCCAA